ACUGUCUUCCCGAAGAAUUAGUUUCUGUGCCCCAAAUCAGUUUUCAAGAAGGAUACGAACAAACGGACAUGCAAUAAAAUAAUAACAUAAACUCACAGGCUUGUAUCUGUAAUCGAACUUCGUUUUCUUAAUUGGAUAUUGAAAAUAUCGUACGUAAUUUGUGUCAAGUGCUACAUUUUAAGGAUGACAGCGAAACUGCCGUUGGAUUCCAACUAUGAUUUGGAACAGCAGUUCAUUCUUCGAAUGACAGAUACUCUCGCCGCUCAAAAUUUGGCAGCUGAUAUUGAGGCUGGAAUACCUUUCAAGGAAAAUUUCACCAUAGAAUUUAAACCAGAUAUGAGGCAUACAAUUGUUCGAUAUAAUGGUCAAGUAUAUCAAGGUCAGAUUAUGGAUCUUCCAUGUAUCAUCGAAUCAUUAAAGACAACAGAUAAAAAGAAUUUUUAUAAAACAGCUGAUAUUUGUCAAAUGAUGAUAUGUACUCAAGGAGAUGAAACUGGUCCUCUUCGUGGUACAGCUGCAUACUUAGACAAUCGUCCAGGUUCACGUAAUAAAACUUUUGAUAUUGGUCAUGAAAAUCGUGAAUUUCAAUAUCUUCAUGGGAUAACUCCACCGCUGAAGAAUGUUCUACACAGACGAUUUCGUAAGACACGUAGAAAGCGUUUUGUAGAUAUGCCUAAAAUUGAAAAAGAGGUGAAACAGUUACUUCGGGCCGAUUUAGAAGCAGUUAAUGUAAAAUGGGAAGUAAUCUGGACUGAUCCACCAGCUCCGAUAGCACGAGCUAAUGCAGGCAAUAAAUCGAGUACAUUAAACACUGAAUCUGGUGAUGCCAAUGACCAAUUAGGCAGUCAACAUCCAACAGCUGAUGAUGAAAUAGAGGAUGAAGAUGAGGAUGGCACUCGAGCUUACGCCAUCGAUCACCGUGAUGUAUUUGGUGAAAUCAGUAGCAGCAGUCUUGGCUCAUCUAGUGAUAGUGAUGACAGUAGUGGCAGUAGUCGUGGCGGUGAUCGUCGUAAUCCUGGUGAUCGUCGUGGUCGUCAUGCAGGUAGCAGUAGCCGUCCUAGUGAUAAUGAAAAUGAUAAUGACCCGUUGUCAUCAUCGAUUACUGAUGAUAAUAACGAAAGGAGUAAAAGCCAAACAUCUACACAAAAUCAAAAUUCUGGAAGUGUAGUAGAGUCGGGUCAGUCGUUGUCUUCUUCCACGAAUGCAUACAACAAGAGGAAGUCUACUCUAACUACUGCUACUGUUGAUGAUAUCUCUACUGGUGUUCCAUUGUCUGAAUCUAAUAACAACAAUAAUAAUAAUUUGGUAGCCUUAAAGAUGAACUAGCUGCAGAACUCCUCUUAUCGGACUCUGGUGAUGAAAACGACGAUUUGAAUAAUGGUGGUGGUGGUGGUGAUGAUGAUGUUGAGAACGUCGACGAUGAUGAUGAUGAUGGGGAUUUACAGACAUCUGUUGUCGCUGAAUUAGUUGCAAAUUCUUCGUCUAAUUUAAAUUCUACAAAUAUGGGAGGUUUAAGCGAAUCAUUGCAUCGUCUUGGUGGCAUGAUUGGUACAGAUUUAGACGAUUUAGAUGUGGUAGUCGAUGAAGACGACGAUGAUGAUGAUGAGGAUAAUAUUAUCCAUAGAGGCGGGGAGCUACUCGAUGAUAGUGCAUUUAUGGGUUUCAAUAGUAGUAGUAGCAGUACUACUACUACUAUUGCUACUAAUGUUCAUGGACAUCGAACAACAACAACAACACCAUCAGCAAUUGAUGAUUAUCACAGUGUUGUAUUCAAUGCAGACAUAGAUGAUAUGGAUAAUGAGGAUACCUUAUAAAAAUUUAACAAUCAUCUGAUCUUCGUCGUUAUUGAGCGGGAGAGGCCGGAGGCGGCAGCUUUUGAUGACAGUUUGGAGUAGUGGCCUGUUGGAAAUGCCUUUGUUGACGCGCGCACACGAGUGUGCCAAGUCUCCUUAUUACUAAGUAUAUUUGUGUAAACUCACACACACACACACAUCACACUAUCACUAGUAGUAGUAGUAGUAUAUUCUAACCAAUCCUUUUUCUACUUCUUUUUAUAGAGAGUUCACCUGUGUGUUAUUCCAAUGGAAUCAAUUUGUCUUUUAUUCAAAAUGUACAGAUAUUUCUUUUUUGUAUACAACUUGUAUAGUAUUCACAUAUGCAUGCACACUGACACACUUUUUUUGCAAAUUUUAUUGAUUGAUAUCAGUUUUUGUAAAAAUAUUACUCACCUUCUUUGUAUAUAUUGGAGUUAUUUACAUACAGUGUUUUAUUUUUGAUAAGUUGCGCAGAAAACACUAUUCGAUAUUGUAUCUUAAGUUUCUCUGCAAUGAUGUAUCAGU